AUCAUCUCCUCUCGAGAUGUGACCAAAUUGAUUGUAUCUAGGUAGGUACCCAGGAGGUAAAUACCUACACUUUCUUGGAUCACGAUAUUGGGAAUUUGGAUUGGUUUUAUCCAUGUGUAAUAUGUGGGGAUAGGUAGAUCGCGGGGCUGAAUGAGCUGACUUGUUGUCCGAGCACUUGGUAUGGCGAAAACGAAACCUCGAAAAAAUAAACACCGAGCUUCACCACAACGACAGCUCUAGUCAAUUCUCCCAAAUGGGUCGUAUUAUUCCUAUCACUGACAGGCUAGGCGAUACUCCUAAAGACGAAACGACGUUCCACCUGUUUGAUCAUUUGCCUCCAGAAAUUCGGCGAGAAAUUUAUAUCUUGGCUACACCGCCUCGGGUAGUGUAUGUGAAGGAGGUCGGCAAAGACUCGGAUGCCUGGCAGGACAGAUGUGAUGAAUUUAAAGAGACAUGCCGAACUACACCCGUCCAAUUCAGGCUUCACCCCGAUCUUACUUAUUUCGCGCAUAACUGGGCUCCGCGGCUUGGACCGAGGCUAUGCUCACAUAAUCAGUUACUUUUGGAAGCCUAUGGCUUCACUUCCACAAAGCGCCCAUACCAGGCUUGGGUUCCUACGGAAGAUACUCCGGAAAUUCCCUCAUCAUGGCUUGCAGAUAACCCUAAUACGGCAUGGGCCAUGGCGCGGGAUACCUCUCUCUAUAGCUCGGCGCCAAUCCCGCCUUUCUUGCAUGUCUGUUCCGAAUCUCGCGAAAUGCUUAAGCGUUACGGGUAUGAACUGGCGUUUGGUACCCGCACCGACGAACCACAGACCUGGUUCCAUUUCGAACGAGACACGCUUUAUGUCGACCGCUUCUCAUCCGACGACGACGAAGGUAUACUUGUGGGCGAGGGAUGCAACGUCGGCCUAUUCCGUCCCAUGGAUCUGCAGCGUGUCAAGAGACUAGCUAUUGCUGGCGAGUUCGAGCCUAUACCAAGAUAUAACGGUGAUACGUCAGAGACAUUAAGAUUGAUUCCCAAUUUGAAGGAUUUAUUUUUGAUCAUUUGGAAUCCCGAAAACAUGAAAAGGUACUGGGAUGAUGACAAUAAUAAGACUCCUAAUCCCAAGAGCCACCACGUUUGCGUAUCUGUAGAUGAGCUCGAUUUCAUCCCGUCUCUGUCAGAACGCGAUCGUUAUACGAGUUCCCGCUCCAUGUACCGUCAUGUGAAGGGAUACAAAAGUCGUAGCGGGCCGGUGCCUGAUCUUAGUCGGUCCUCUUUUGACUACGCGGAAAGUCGGUUUCGGGAGCUACUUAUAAACGAUCGCCAGAGGCUGAUGAUAUCCAACCAUCGCGACCAACCGACACAUCCGUGGAACGUGCCGCGUGUGCAUUUUGCGCACGUGUGUUCAUUGGAGGUAGCUGGAAACAUCUUCUUGAAACGUCGGUUGUUCUGGAACCGAUUCAAUACUACGAAGAGUAGACUUGCUCAUGGUAGGAUGUCGAAACGUCAGGCUGUGAAUGAAGAAUCUAGGCAUAUACCCGAAUAUAUGGAUAUUGGCGAAGCAUUCCUAAGAGCUAACGAACCAGACAAAUAUGAACGGUGGGAGUUUUUUCUCGCCCAUUGUUCACGCUACUAUGGUCGGAGAGAUUUCACCGUGCCUGUUUCCGCAGAAGAAUUAUGGUGGCUAACCAAAGCUGUGGUGUUCCCACCUCAGCUUACUAUCUUGUAAUUCUAGAGAUGAUGAAAUACGAAAUUGUUAGUAUUAUGUAGAAGGUACCUAGGACUCAGGUAGGUAAUACGCCACAAACCAUACUAGAUAGGAAAUUAAUAGCCGAAAAUGACGAUCGAUUUCAUACCUACCUCCAUUUUACUCCAAGAGACAACUCAGUGUUAUAGACAUUUACUUCUUUCAUCAUACAUAGUAGGUAGAAUUGGAACUUGGAACUUGACACGCACGUUCGGUUGGAGCAAACGCACCUUACGACCCAGAAAGACAAGAU